UACUUCACCGUCGGCGCUUGUGUGUUUAUAAAUUUGCGGCUCAGAGUUGCGCCUAUGGUUGAAAAUAUUUCAAUUGUUGCGAAACGAUAGUUUUAUUAUUAUUUACGAAAAUGGUGAAACUAACAGCGGAAAUUAUCCAGAAUUCUAUGCAAUAUAUCAACCCAGUUAAAGAUCGUGAGUUGGAUUUACGAGGAUAUAAGAUACCAGAAAUAGAAAACUUAGGUGCCACUGGCGAUCAGUUCGAUACCAUUGACUUUUCUGAUAAUGAUAUUCGUCGGCUAGAUGGCUUUCCAUAUCUUAAAAGGCUCAAGUGUUUAUUACUGAAUAACAAUCGAAUCAUGAGAUUGGGUGAACAUUUAGAAGAACACAUCCCAAAUAUGGAAACUGUAGUCUUAACUGGCAAUCAAAUUGAAGAGCUGGGUGAUAUUGAUCCAUUGACAUCUCUUGAAAAAUUAACAUGUCUGAGUUUACUUCACAAUCCAGUCACGGCAAAACCGCACUAUCGACUGUACAUUAUCCACAAAUUCCCGAAUUUACGUUUGCUUGACUUCCGUAAGAUUACAUUGAAAGAGAAAAAAGAAGCAAAGCAUUUGUUUAAAAGCAAGAAAGGUAAAGAGUUGCAGAAGGAGAUUAAAGAAAGGGCCAAUACUUUUGUACCAGGCGGAGAAGUACAAAAUAUUGCAAAGAGUAAAGGUCUUACUGAUGAUGAAGUUGAGAAAAUUCGGGAAGCAAUCGCAAAAGCAGCGUCAUUGGAUGAAGUUGAACGACUACAGCAGCUCCUGGAAGUCGGACAUAUUCCUGGUGGUGAUGUUCAACAAAAUGGAAACAAUGGACACGCGAUGCUUGCUAAUAUGGAGGUCGAAGAUGGACCUGCAUAACUCCUCUAACAAUAGCCUUUGUGAGUAUUAGAAUAAGAAUUAAAUUUGAGUUAAGAAUAUUAAGUUAAUUUCCUACGCAAAGGUAUGAAUCAGAUAUAAAGUUGAUACGAAAAUAUGAUACUACACAAAGCGAAGCGAAAACAAGGGUUUAUGUAUUAAUUUCAGUUGCUAUUUGUUUUUGCAAUAAAUAAAAACUGUCUCCAUACUUUGAA